AAGAGGGUUAAAAGGCUAAUGAAAUCCGUACCUGCCUCCCCACAUUGCUAAACCAUGUUGUUCUUCCACCAAGUCUCACUCGCCUCCCUUUUGCUCCUCACCAGCGCGAGCGCUCAAACGCUGUACGGGAUCUCCGCCGCGCCGACCCAGACGCAGGGCAUCGACUACUUCACGAUCAGCACAAAAUUAAUCGACAUCUCUGUGGGCGGCACGGACGCGCAGGGCGGGACGACCUACAUUGAGGUGGAGGGGGCCGACAAGCAGGUGGUGACGGUGCAGGGCAUCGUUGGGACGCUUCCCGCUACGACGACGACGCAAACGUUUGUCGAAGGUCCGUCUGGAUUAGCGGCGACGGUGAAAGUGGGGCAGGCUCUGGGCGGAGAAAUAGACGAGUCGUGUACCUGGAGUCCGGACCACACUGGCACGGGCGAGUGCGUGCUGAAGAACAGUCAGGCGACGGUGACGCUCGUGGGCGCUGUAGCGCCCCUGGCCACAUUGCCGCUCCAUACCAAGAACAGCGCGGUUCAGAUUGGGAGUGGGUUUAUCACAGGGGUGGCCGGCAUCGUCGUUGGUGCAGCAAUCGCGCUGGUUUGAGCUAUGAAUGGAUGAUAGAGAGAACCAGAAUGUGUGAUGUGUGUAGAUGACAUGCGAUGAACGAUGAAAAGAAGGAACAAAUAAGAAAAACGAACGCCUCAUUCACCCUCCUCCAACAUCCGGAACAUUCC